GAUCAAAUGCAAGAGGAGAGAAGAAAGGGUAACAGAAGGGGAGAAAACGGAAAUUGGGAAAAGUGAAUCUGCAGCUGUGGAUGAAGUGAUCGGCUCCGAGUGUUAACUUGCAUGCAGGAGUGUGCAUUGAUGUCUGGAGUCAUUACCAACAGACCUUGACGAGAAAAACAAAUGCAGCUGGAGGUCGGCGGCAAAGUGAUACCAAUUCUGCUGGACGGAAGAGAAAAUUGAACCGACUCAUUCGGACUGAAGGCCAGUUUGGCUGAGAAGAUAUCUCCAGGAACUUUUUUGGGGGGGUUGAGUUCUUGUUUACUUUUUCUACAAGGUGAGAAACAAUAUCACACUGCAAAGUUCUGGACAUUGCACAACUGAAAUUCAACUCAGCCACACUUCGGGCAUCUCUGGCUGGAGAGAUGAUCCACAACACCCUGAAGUCCUCCGAGACCCCGGAGCACAGCCCCAGGAGGACGCAGUCCGCCGCACAGAGGAGGCUGUGGCGGUACUCGGGCUGCAGAGGGGCCGGGCCGGUGGAAAGCCAACGGCGGAGCGUGUGCGUGUUGGCUGCGGACUUGAACUCUGGCGACGGAGGACGAGGAGGAGUAGGAGGAGGCGGUGGUGUGAUACACACCAUCCAUGGGCUGUGCCACCUCUGCAUCGGCUGUAGGCUGCCUCAGGUGACCAUCCUUCGAGGAAAGGAUGGGUAUGGAUUCACCAUCUGCUCGGAUUCCCCUGUGAGAGUGCAGGCUGUUGAUCCAGGAGGUCCUGCAGAUCAGGCUGGUCUGCAGCAACUAGACACCCUCCUGCAGCUUAACGGUCAGCCGGUGGAGCAGUGGAAAUGUGUGGACUUGGCACACGCUAUAAGAAACAGCGCCAAUGAAAUCACGGUGGUGGUGUGGCGCACAGGCCCCUCGGCCAAACCCAACUUCGAAGGCCUGAUUCACCGACCGUCCUACAAACCCUCCACCUCAAACUAUGACGCCCCCUCACCGCCGACCCGCAGGCGCGCGCCGGACGUCGGCGCGAGUAAAACCCCCCCGGCCGUGCCCCCUCUCCCCGCCCACCACCGGGCCACCGCCGCCCGCAGGCUCCUGGUCAACGGCUCCGAAUCCGGAAGCGGCGGCGGCGGCCUGGGCAUGGGGACUCUGGCGUGGGGGGCCCAGGGGGGCUCGGCCGAGGAGCUGGAUGGGAAACCGCGGCUCCUCCACCACCCCCACACCGCCACUCUGAAGGGGACCAGGGUGAAGGCCUCUAACGGGGACAACUACAUCAUCCUAGCACCCAUCAACCCUGGAAGCCAGAUCUUGAGGCCUGUUUAUCAAGACAACCAGGGAACCUUAGCUGCCAGAUUAUAUCCCACGAGACAAAACCCUGGUCCACAGCCCCAGGGGGGCGGUGGUGGUGGUGGCGGUGGUGGUGGAGGUGGUGGUGUCUUUUCUGGAGGGGGCGGUGGAGGUGGAGGCGGUGGCGGUGGCGGCGGUCUCUCCAGUCGUACGGGCUUCCUGCGUCGAUCCAACAACUCCAAAAUAUCAAAAGGGUCGUCCGCCUCCACCAAUACCGGCGCACCCAACUACCAGCAGCAAAACGCCAACUUCGCCAACUAUCAGAACUGCACAAUCGUCCGCUCACAUACUCCGCAUGCUAACUAUGGAUACGUCAAAGUGGCGCCCAAGAUCCUUAUCUUCCCCAUAUUUGUUCAGCCUCUUGACCUGUGCAGCCGAGCUCUCAUCAUAUCCGAGGAGAUGAUACUACAUGAGAGCCAGCACCACUCUCUCAAGGUCACAGUGUUUAUCUACAGCGACCUGAUGCUGGUGACAAGAGAAACUGAGCCAGGAAGGUGUAACGUCCUUCAGAGUCCCCUCUACCUCCGGCAGCUGCGGCUCCAGGACGAUUAUGCAGAAGAACUGAGAUUCUACCUUAUUCACAUGACAGAGAAGUGUGACUGCCUGCUCAGUCUGGAAGCCUACUCAGCAGACCAGAAGCGACGCGUGUGCCAGUGCCUGAAGGACAACAUUGACAAGCAGCUCCAGCUUCACAGGAGGGAGCCCCACGUUCCGCAUUUCGAACAGAUGUUGGAGCCGAAGGUGGAUGCCCCUUCGUGUGAGCUGGGCGGAGUCGGAGACAGAGGAGGCGUGUGCCUCCACCUUCCCCCGCGGAGCUCGGAAGGUGAGGAGAGCAGCCUGUAUCCCUCCAGCCCGUCGGAGCCCCGGACGCUGGGCAGCCCUCACCCGUCGGAGCCGCUCACCCCUCUGGAUGACAUCUACAUGCCUCUCGGAGGCCUGAUGGGGUCCGAGGAGCGACACAAGGUGCCGCCGACGCCGCCUCCCUCCACUGAGGGCGAGGACUGCAAGAGCAUGGAGGGGCAGGAGAUGGAGAUCUGGAGAGAGGGCAAGGAGGUGGAGAGCAAGAGAGAGGAAGAGGAGGAUGAGGAGGAAGGGGACGAGUGCAGCAAAAAGAGUGCGGGAAGUGAAGGUGGGGAUAAAGAUGAAGUUGGAGAGGAGGAGGAGGGAGACAGGAACGACGAGGAGUCGAAUCUGAACCUGGUGGCGUCGAACACAGACGAGGACAAUGUCUCGGAGCCGCCCGACACCAACGCCCCACCUUCCUCCUCCUCGUCCUCCUUCGUCAUCCCCGAACUGCGCCUCGACCGCUCGUUCAGCGCCGACGCGCUCUCCUCGCCCAACACCGACGAAGAAGAGUACGACGACGACGAAGACGAGGAGUCCGAGGAGGAGGAGGAGGAAGAGGAGGAGGACGAAGACGACAGCGACGACGCCUACCUGCAGCGGAGCGACAGCAAGCGCCGGAGCAUGGUGGAGGGCGCCACGUGCGAGAAGCACGGCGGAGGGGGGCUCAGCGUGCAGAACUCCCUCCGCAGGCGCACGCACAGCGAGGGCAGCCUGCUGCAGGACCCGCGCACGCCUUGCUUCACCUCCGACAACGCCAUCAACUGCCUGGAGGUCGGCGGAGGGCACCACAAAGGCGGCUGGACGCUCCCGUCGCCCAAAACCCUGAAGAAGGAGCUGACCAAGAACGGAGGCUCCAUGCACCAGCUGUGUAUGCUGUUCUCCGGGAGGAAGCUGAGCUCCGGAUCCCCCUGCAGCUGCGAGGUCGGCCCUGACGGAACAAAGAAGAAGAAAUCCAAGAACCUGGCCAAAGACAUGAAGAAUCGGCUGGCUUUCCUGCGGAGGAGGAAUGAAUCCCCAGGAAGCAACCCAGCCGGCAAGUUAGACAAAACCAUGAAGUCAGUCAAGCCCACCCCAGAGGAAGCACUGAAGUGGGGGGACUCACUCGACAAGCUGCUGGCACACAAAUAUGGUCUGGCAGCCUUCAGAGCUUUCCUGCGCACAGAGUUCAGCGAGGAGAAUCUGGAAUUCUGGCUCGCAUGUGAGGACUACAAGAAGAUCAAGUCGCAGUCCAAGAUGGCCUCGAAAGCCAAGAAAAUCUUUGCGGAAUACAUCGCCAUCCAGUCUUGUAAAGAGGUCAACCUGGACUCGUACACCAGAGACCACACAAAGGACAACCUGCAGAAUGUGACGCGCUCCUGCUUUGACCUCGCGCAAAGGCGGAUAUACGGGCUGAUGGAGAAGGACUCAUACCCUCGCUUCCUGCGCUCAGAACUCUACUUGGACUUAAUCAACCAAAAAAAGCCCAGCUCCACUUCGACUUCAUCUUCGUCAUAAGAGAUGAGAAGAAAACUUGAGGAUGAGGAGAGAAAAACCGGGGGCAGACUUGAAAAAAAAACAAACGUAGAGUGGGUGGGAUGUGAGCUUUUUGUUUGCUUUUAUUUUUAUUUUUUUUUUUCAAAGUGCGUAUGUCAUCCUGUUCAUGUUUUGUUGUUGUUGUUUUGGUGUGAGAAGACGCGGCAAAGCUAUGGCACUGCAAAGGAAUGUAGUUUACACAGUUACCAGGUGGACGCAUGAGUGGAUGGAUGAAUGGAUGGAUGACUGGCUGUUUCUAAACAUCCCGUGAGCUAAAGGCUGGAGCAGGAGCUGGAUGCUUGUCUGAUCACUGUUUUUCCUUGCUUUUUUUUUUGGGGGGGGGGGAGUUUAAGUGUAUUUUUGUCCAGUUGUACUGGAGAAAAGGAGGGGUUGCACCAAAAAAAAAAAACCCUGCAGACACGAAGACAGUCCGGUACUGUUUUGUCACCUUUUUCCCUUUAUGUCCUUUGAGACUCCCUCUUUAGAUUCCCUCCUUUGCUCCACCAUGUUUUCUGUGAAGCUGUCGGUACGACGCAGAGUCUUGUUGGGUUUUUUUUUUUUUUUUUCCCCAAGCUUUUUCACCAGACUUCAGACUUUGUGACAGAGAGGAGGGAGGGCGGUAGCACCAGAAGAGACGUCUGAGUUGAAAACACACAUCUGUCUAACCCCGCAUCUCCUCAAAGCUCCUAUAAACGGCUUCUGCAUUUCCAGAGAAAGAUGCUGUGAGUGCUGGAGUGAGGAUGGAGUUGGGAAAUGGAUAAAUAACAGACUGGAGUCGUGACGAGACACAGGUGUGUGUGUGUCCCUCUCACAUGAAAAGACGUUAAAAGUCGCAUUCAGAGCCGGAGGAUGGAAAAAAAAACAAAAAAGAUGACUUGCGUCCUGUCUCCAAAGACUGUUUACAACAAGGAAAAUCCACGAAGCGGAAGAAGAAGAAGACGAAAACUUUCUGUGCAGCCAAACCGACAUUUCCUUUAACAUUGUAGCUCAUUGUGGACUAAUCAAGGAAGCGUUCUCAGGACAGACUACAGCUCGGUUAAACUCCACCACUGUUUCUGUUUUUCUACACACUCAUUGUUAUUUUUUUAUAUAUAUAUAUAUAUAUAUAUAUAUAUGCGCUAUGGUUCAAACCUGCACUCCCUUGUUUUACUGAGCAAUACACAAGAGGUUGCUCUUAUCUUAGUCUGAAGAAGAGACGGAGAGAGAAGAAAAAAAUGCUUCAUGUGUACAAAGUUUUGCCUAUUUAUUUAGAAUAACUCGCUGGAUGCUUCUACAGACACACACACGUCCUCAAGCACUCAGCUAGAAGCUCUCACUUUCCUCUUAACCACCAAACAGGUCCAAUGCUGUCCUGAACUUUUAAGUGCAAUAUUUUUUUAUUUCUUAUUUUAUUUUAUUAUUAUGACGUUUGGUUUGUUCAUUUAUUUGAAUAAUUUUUAACGACGGGAAGACGGAACAGCUUGAGCUCUGUAUUAACUUUAUUUGUUAAGAAAAAAAAAAUCUUAGAGCUAUAAGGUUGACUUACAGCAUAAACUUUCAAGAAGCAUAAGUAGUUUAAUGACUUUUAAGCAAGUGAUUCUAACUGUGUGUUAAUCCCCUGGCAGCAGGCAGCCGGGGCUGAUAAUGUUGUAAAUAUAAUUCUUUAAGAAAACUAUGUGAUAACACAUUUAAAAACAAACAAAAAAGAAAAAAAGCCAAUAGGUCUCUGCUGGUGCCGACUGUGGGACCCAGCUGUAUCUAUGUAAAUAUGAGAGACUCAAAACUAUAAGAUGACAUGUAUUGUU